CUGGCGAGCGCGCAGGGCUGGAUCUGAAGGCGUUUGGGAGAGUCCUUGGGGCGGGGUCUUUGGCGUCGCCGUAUUCUGGUCUUAAGGUUGAGAAGAUGGCGAUGGGGCACUGGGGGGCUCAGGCGACGGUUAGGGAUUGUUUUAAUAUUACGGAGCUUAUUCGAGGUGCGGCUGGGGAGGUUGAUGCUGAGGCGCCACUUAUAGCGUUGUGUGGGGAGUUAUAUGGGAGGGCUGUUGAGGCUGGGCUGGAGAAUGAGGACAUGGUUGCUGUUUAUGAAAGUGCUUUCAAAGGAGGCAUGAGAGAGAAAUCUAUGCUUUGUUGGGAUGAUGGCCUUUGGAGGGUGAUACAGAGUCUAAGUAACGGGUAUGUGUUUGAUAGGAACCAUUGCAGAAAAUACGCUCUCGUAGCUAUUAUCUGCUUGGUACCAUGUUUAACUUACAGACAAUACAUUCACAAGUUCAUAUGCCUCAUUUGCGGAGAUUGGAGAGGAUGAGAAUAGCGUAAGGUAACGGAGGAUAGGUUGAUAUAGUCUGAU